GCAAAAAAGCGAGAGGCCCGAGGCCAGCACGCUUGUAUUUCCCUGUCCCUCUCUCUCUCCUUCUCUUCUUCUUAUUAUUAUUUUUACCUUGCCUCCUCCCAUCUCUCGGUCUUCUCUUCCUCCCCUGGUCUCUUUCUUGUCGGGCGAAUAACCCCUCCACGGCCGAGACCCUCGCCGCUAGGCUCCCCAUCCAGGGUUCCUGCCUCCCGAAUUCCCGGACACGCCCGCCGGAAACCGGGACCUUGGACCCCGAGCCCGACGGAGCUGGUUUCCCCACCCUCCCUCCGACCUGCUCCUCUCUCCUCUUCGGCCGCCGCUCUCGCCGGCCGAGGAGUUGCCGCUCGAAUCGAUCCGCUCUUCUCGGUGUCCGAGCCUUCGCCGGCCAUGCGGCGGUCAUCGGUGGUGGCCGGAGGGUGAGUGACCGCGGCGGAGCCGCCGGAGGACGGACGAUGAAGGGGACCGUGAGCGCCGCCCCAGCGGCGAAUCCUUGCGACGUGGUGGGUGGCGCAGGGGAGAGGAAGACGAUAAACCCGGAGCUAUGGUACGCGUGCGCGGGGCCGCUGGUGACGCUGCCGCCGGUGGGGAGCCUCGUCGUCUACUUCGCCCAGGGCCACAGCGAGCAGGUUGCGGCUUCUAUGCAGAAGGAUAUUGAUGCUCACAUUCCGAACUAUCCAAAUCUUCCAUCAAAAUUGAUAUGCCUUCUUCACAAUGUUACUCUGCAUGCGGAUCCAGAGACAGAUGAAGUAUAUGCUCAAAUGACACUCCAGCCGGUCAGCACAUAUGACAAGGACGCAUUACAGGCCUCAGAACUUGCACUAAAACAGACUAGAAUGCAGACAGAAUUCUUCUGUAAAACAUUGACUGCAAGUGAUACAAGCACUCAUGGAGGUUUUUCUGUGCCCCGUCGUGCAGCAGAAAAGAUCUUUCCUCCUCUUGACUUUUCAAUGCAACCACCUGCCCAGGAACUGCAGGCACGGGACUUGCAUGAUAAUGUAUGGACCUUCCGCCAUAUCUAUCGAGGUCAGCCUAAAAGACACUUACUGACAACUGGUUGGAGCUUAUUUGUGAGUGGAAAGAGGCUUUUUGCUGGCGACUCUGUUUUGUUUAUUAGGGAUGAAAAACAGCAGCUUCUCUUGGGCAUUAGACGUGCUAACAGGCAACCUACUAACAUUUCAUCAUCGGUCCUGUCAAGCGAUAGCAUGCAUAUUGGGAUUCUUGCUGCUGCAGCUCACGCCGCUGCAAACAACAGCCCCUUUACUGUAUUUUACAACCCAAGGGCUAGUCCUUCAGAAUUUGUUGUUCCUUUUGCCAAGUACCAGAAAGCAGUGUAUAAUAACCAAAUAUCCCUAGGCAUGCGCUUUCGAAUGUUGUUUGAAACCGAAGAAUCAGGAACAAGAAGGUAUAUGGGUACAAUCACUGGUAUUAGUGAUUUAGAUCCUGUGAGGUGGAAGAACUCACAGUGGUGCAAUUUACAGGUAGGGUGGGACGAAUCUGCAGCUGGUGAGAGGCGCAAUAGGGUCUCCAUCUGGGAGAUUGAACCUGUGUUAGCUCCUUUCUUCAUCUGCCCGCCACCAUUUUUCAGACCAAAACGUCCUAGGCAACCAGGAAUCCCAGAUGAUGAAUCAUCAGAUAUGGAAAAUCUUUUUAAGAGGGCAAUGCCGUGGCUUAGCGAGGAGAUCUGCAGAAAGGACUCUCAAACUCAGAACACUGUAAUGCCUGGACUGAGCUUAGUUCAGUGGAUGAGCAUGCAGCAGAAUGCGCCACCUGCUAAUUCAAAUAUGCAGACUGAUUACCUGCGGUCCUUAACUGCACCUGCUAUACAAAACGCUGGAGCAACUGAUCUCUCAAGGCAGUUGGGUAUGCAGGCCCCGUUUUUGCAGCAGAAUAACAUUCAAUUCAAUGCUGCUAGGCUGCCUCAGCAAAACCAACAACUUGAUCAAUUUUCAAAGGUGUCUGUCCCACUAAACCAAUUAGGCGUUGUUACUAGACCUCAACAACAAAUGCAAGAUGUUGGUACGCAGCAAAGGCAACAACUAGUUAACCAAUCGUUACCCUUGAACCAAACCCAGUCCAAUAUCAUACAACCUCAAGUACUGGUCCAGGCUCAAGUCCAGCAGCAACAGCCUGUGAUCCAGAGCCAUCAGCCAUUGCAAACAAGUAUGCAACAAAACCAGCCACAACAUCAGCAGUUAUUCCUGCAGCAGCAGCAGCAGCAUCAACAACAACAUCAACAACAACAUCAGCAACAGCUACAGCAGCAGCACCAGUUUCAGCAGCAGCAAAAUAGGAUGCCUGUUCAGCUUCCCAACCAUAUAAAUCAACAACUACAGUUAACAGACCAUCAGAUUCAGUUGCAGCUGUUACAGAAGCCCCAGCAGCAGCAGCAGACAUUAUCACAGCCCACAGCGCAACAUCCUGAACUGCCACAAAUCCAAGAGCAGCAGAAACCACAUUCAGAAGGACCACAUCAAUUAGCUAACUCACAUUCACUCACGCAGCAAAACAUGCUCUCUCAACAAUGCGCAAAAACUACUUCACAAGCUGUGCGGCUGUCACAACCCUUGCCUCAACAGUCCCAGCAAAAGUUUCAUCAGCAGCAAGUUGUACUUUCUGAGUUGAAUGGUGCAGUGCUUCCUCCAACACCAAAGACCAAUCUCCUCCCAACAACUGGCAGCUCUUUGUUGGCAGCUGGAGGAGCACAGUCAGGGCUUACAGAAGACGUCCCAUCUUGCUCCACUUCACCUUCCACGAAUAAUGGUGUUGUUUUUCCUCAGUUGAUCUUAAAUAGGAGCCACCACCCCAGCACAAUGACAACGGAUAAGACAUCUCAGUCAGCUGUGACAAUUUUGAGUCAUAACUCCUUUGAAGCUGCAGCAGCAACCCCCAAUAUAGCCACAGAGUUGCCCAAACCUAUAAACAAUGUGAAGGCCUCAACUCCAAUUUCCAAGGUGCAAACUCAGGGAGUCAUUGCCCCUCAAACAUUUAUAAGCAAUGCAGCACAGAUGGAUUAUUUGGACACAACCUCUUCAGGAACUUCAGUAUGCAUUUCUCAGACUGAUGGGCCUUUACAACAAAGCUUCCCACUUUCUUCUCUCAAUCAGCCAUCCAUGUUCGGAGAUGCGCCUCCAGACAGUGAGGUCCAGGGCACAGAUCCAAGAAAUAAUGUCCUUUUUGGAGUUAACAUAGAUGGCCCAUUAGGCAUACCUCUAACUACUGAUGCCUUGCUGGCAAACAGCAUUAAUUCAGGAAAGUACCAGAAUCUUAUCUCAGGAAAUGUGAUUACUAAUCCCAGCACCUCAAAAGAUACUCAACAGGAGUUGUCAUCAUCUAUGGUCUCGCAGUCAUUUGGGGUUCCAAACGUGGCAUUCAAUUCUAUUGAUUCCACGGUCAAUGAGGGCAGCUUCUUGAACAGAAGUUCUUGGGCACCCGCACCACCACUUCAGCGAAUGAGGACUUACACCAAGGUCCACAAGCGUGGUGCUGUAGGCAGAUCAAUAGAUAUUGCCCGUUAUUCAGGCUAUGAUGAGCUGAAACAUGAUCUUGCUCGAAUGUUCAGUAUAGAGGGGCAGCUUGAGGAUCGGCAAAGAAUUGGGUGGAAGCUAGUUUAUGUCGAUCAUGAGAGCGAUGUUUUACUUGUGGGAGAUGAUCCAUGGGAGGAGUUUGUGAAUUGUGUGCGGUACAUCAGGAUUUUGUCCCCGCAAGAAGUCCAACAGAUGAGCUUGGAUGGUGAUCUGGGGAACAACAUCCUUCCGAAUCAAGCCUGCAGCAGUUCAGAUGGUGGAAAUGCAUGGAGGGGUCAGUGUGACCGAAACUCCGGCAACCCUUCAGCUGGAUCGUACGACCAUCUGGAAUGAUCCAGAUUGUGUCUGAUGGUCAUGCAAUACAUUAAACUUAGGCUCGUAGCGGCCGGGGAGACGCCUUUUUGCCUCCCAGCCAUGUUUGUGACCAUCGUUGAUUCGGAAAGACAAUGCGAGGUUCAGGGUCUUGACCUCCAGAACGCCCUGCCGAUAUUGCGAGCGGUCUCGAGGGCAAGAGCAACUGCGGAAGGAUGCAUGAGCAAGAGUGAUUCUGAUGACGAGCAAUCCUAAUUGUCCAUUUACUUGUAAGUAGUGGGCUGGUUUCAGAAGUGCAAUCUUUUUGUUUAGUUGAUUUCUGUUUGACCUUUCUGGAUGCAAAAGCUUCAAGAUUUUUCUUAUGUGUAUAUAUGUAGUUUCUCACUAAACAAGAUGUGCUGAUUUGGUGAUUUUGGGUAUCGAAAAUUAAGUGGGAACAUAUAGAUAUCUAUGUUUAUUGUUUAUGCAAACCAUUGGCUA